AUGGAUAUGCCAAUGGACCCGUCCGCAGAGUCGGCGUCCGCUAUUCGGGAUGCCUUGGGGCUCCAUGUGCCGCAGCAGCCACAACAGGACGGCACAGCACAUCCGACCGGUUCCGACCUGUCGUUCUACGUCUUUGAGCAACAACACCAACACGGUAUGCAGCCGCCUGGCACAGACGCCGGUGGCCUGGUGGCGCCGGACGGUACCGCAUCCCAUCGAUCGUUUGCCGGCGACGACACGUACGCGGUCUGGUCUCAAGAUCCGAUGGACCUGGACUAUGACCCUGAACUCGCGUCUUGGGUGAGCUCUUGGGACGCGCCGCCGCCUCACCAGACUGUCAACACCUCGCACCAGCCGCAGACACCUGCGCUGGCUCAGAUGUCGCCAACGAUACCGUCGCAGCACCAGAACCUGAGCCACCAGCAUCACCACCAGCCCCACCAUCAACAGCUACAUCAACUACAACAGAUGCAGCCCCCCCAUCGUCCUCUACCUCAGCAACCCCAGAGCCAGCAGCGUCAGCAACAGCAUCAGCAUCAGCUAGCCUUGCGCGACCAGCUGCCCUUGCAGCAGCAACAUCAACAGCAGCAACAGCCUCAGCAACAGCAGCAGCAGCACGAAUUUCAACAAUUACAGCACACGCAGUCAUUCUCUAGCAGCCAAGCUUCGGUUCCGUCGUUUGAGAUCAGCUCGUUGCCAUCCAACUUUGCAGACCCCGACCUGAACAAAACUGGCAAGAUAAUGGGGCCCGACGACUUCCUCUUCCCGGACGACGAAACAGCGGCUGUGCUCUCAAACCAAGUCCACACCACGAGUGUUCAACAGAACACUCACCAGGGCCCAUCGGUUCUCCCAUCCCCAGCUGCCGCCCAGCCUUCCGGUGCGCAGCUGGCACCCGCCGCUGGCCUGGACCUCAACGAGCCUGCGACGCUGGAGCUGUACGAUGAUUUGCUCAUCUUUUCGCGCGGCAGUCACCUCGCAGGUGACAAGCUGACAUUCGACAGCUGCGAUGCGGCCAAAGAAGCUGUGCUACACCGUCUGGCUCUGAAGUUCAAGCUCAGCUACAGUUACGAUCCUGUGCAACGGAAGGCGGCGAUCUGGAGAUCGUCAGUUUUUGGGCCUGUAAACUACGAAUCAACUCCGGCCAUUGUUUCGCAACCACCGACCGUACCAUCACAACUGGUCCCCCAGCCGACACCGACUUUCGCGAGCGACAUACACUCCGCACCUCCCGCCUCGCCGGCCUCCGCCGCAGCGCCACCUGCGACGCCUACCGUACCUUCGUCUCGCGGCCCACGGCCGGCAGGCAGCGAUGGCAGCCCCCAAAAACGGCCUACGAUCACCCCGCCCGUCAUUUUCCCCCUUCUGCAACAAGACACGAACACAGUCGGGCUGUCUGUUGGCCUCACGCCCCCGCCGGCCCGGCGGCUGAGCAAUGACAGCAGUGCUGCUGCCUCCGUUGUGUCAUCUCUGGCUCUGCCUGGACAAGGGGUCCCUGGCGAAGACGACAAAACCCACCAAGACACGCCGUCGCUUGGUGACCGCCUGUCGAGCAGCUGGAGUAUUUUUCAUUCCGGCAUAUCGUCACGGCGACCACGAGGCCGCCGGGGUCCUCUCAGUGCAAAAAGCCGCAAAGACAUCAAGGACCUGGAAUGGGCAGGUGGUGCGUGUUGGCGAUGCAAGAUUCUGCGCCGAAAAUGCGACCCAGGCAUUCCAUGUAAGAAUUGCCCUGCUCCCGAUCUCCGCGAAGACGCCCCUCCGUGGCCACUGAUUGGCUGUCGGCGCGGUAACCUGCGCGAAGCAAUGCCACCACAGGUGCUUUGCACCAAGUCCCGUUCCCUUCUUGCCUCUUGCUCUCAUAAGAUGCCAGCCAUCCUGGCGGCAGAGAACGUCGUCGACGACCUGACAGGCGGCCCGCCACCGGGACAACCCGACGUCGUGUCGCAUUGCUUCCGUGAAGCCGAGAUGCAGUGCUUGUCCGACAACAAACUUGUCCUAGACAACCCGGCCCUUUUUCUGCGCACGCAUGGCCACUCUGUUGCCGCACAGCACUUCUCACAGUCCAUUCGCAAUGGCCGGUACAGAGCGAAUGAGUCUCUCAAUGUUACCUGCCAGGCUCAUGAGACGUCCUCGACCUACUCAGAUCUCAUCUCGAGCAUCGCCUGGGAGCUGGCCGACAACAGCGAGUGCCUCAACGUAUUGGAGAUCGAGUCGGUUGAGAGCUUCAUGAUGCUCUUGGAAACAGCAUGCCUCUAUGAAGUGGAAGUCGGAAAGUCUCCCAUGGUGUCCCUGUCCUUGGUGUGUCUUCGCAACUGCCUCGAUGCUUUACGACUGAACUCGGCUCAUAUCCUCGAUGCUCGCCUUCACAGCACCUGCCAGAGUGACCGCUGCAGUAUCAACUGCCUCCGGGAGCUGGCCAACUGCAUCGACACGUACAUCGAAGAGCUGUCACUGCUCAUGUUCCGCAAAGUCAACUUGCGUGACCGCCGGUGGUGGCUUUCGACAUUUUACAGUUUGUGCAUACAGGCGUACGUUCGCCGUGCCCUGCUUGUCAUCGAACAACAAUUGCUGUACCCCGACUCGGACGACGCCGACGUCCUCUACAGCAGCCAGUACCUCCAUCUCGUGACGGUUCUCUUCAUUGCGGUUUCGUUCCAAUACGACCCGCUCGUGUCCAGCAGCGGCGGGCUACAGCUCCAGCAAUCGCUUCUGGCCGAAGAGGACGGGGCGCCAUCCGACAUGUUUGUUCCGGAUCGAUAUUUCGCCGCCGGUCGCUCUGCCUGCGCGGUCAAUAUCUGGUCGGAUGAGGGCAUCAAGUCGUCAUACCAGUUCCUGACACGUCUACUCAACAUCGGAUCACUGGAUUUCGACAUGGGCCAGGUUGACGGUGGGACAGGUGCAGGAGGCGAUGUCAAUAUGGAGGGCUCCGAUGCGGUGUUGCCAUUGCGGAGACUCCGUGGUAUCAAAUCCGAAUCGUAUUCGGCGUACUCCAGCCCCAAUUCUUCAACGACGAGCUUUGCAAGCUCCUUAUCGGCGCCUCGGUCUACAACGGGCGUGAUCAGCCCGCCAUCGUCCGUCGGCCCGAUGUCGUCCGCGUCGUCGCCGCGCACGUCCCUGCUGAUGACCGAGCGACGCAGCAGCAUCGGAUCGCUCCCAAGCCGAUUGUCUGCAGCCUCGUUCCCGUCCUUCAAUCCCGGUACUCUUGCAGCGACUCCCGUUACUUCUCUGCCGCUCCCAUCGAAGCCAGGCAACGGCGCCACCGUGUCGCAUGGAAAGGCCGGUUCGAUCGUCUCCGAAAGCGGGUGCAGCAGCGUCGGAAGCACCGCAACGGCUAUAAAUGUGGUAGCACCCAGCGGCGAUGACAAUACCAGCGGUGCCGCGGAUAGUGGCAUGGCCGUUAAUGACGACGAAGGGCAGCUGGUCUGCACGUGUUGCCCGAAACGUCCGCAGCGCUUCAACACGAUGGAAGAGCUCAAGGUGCACCAGACGAAGAAGCCACACAUUUGUGCGUUCUGCGGCCGCCGGUUCAGCCGCAUGAACGAAGCCGAGCGCCACAUCACCACCAUUCACCUGCGGCCGUUCUCUUGGUCGUGCCGCCGCCUCGCGACGCCCUUGCUGGCAUUCCAACGGGUGAGCGACGGCACAACCACGUACGAUGUCUGUGGCUUCUGUGGUCGCCAGUUCCAGCGGCCGGCGUCACUGUCGUCGAACAGUGGUGGAGACAGUGUGGCCGGCGCCAACGACAAGACCGCCCAUGACCAGGCCCUGACAUUGCAUAUCGAGGUGGACCAUAAGCUGCAUGACUGCAAGGCCAGUGGCAAGAAGUUCUACCGCGAGGACAUGUUUGGCCAGCACCUGAAACUGUCUCACGCCGCUGAACCUGGGGUCUGGCUCAAGUAUCUUGAAAAUGCGUGCAAGGCCGAGGAAAAGGAAGCUGGCAUCCAGCCGACUCUCGCCGCAUAA